AUGGCUACUGAUAACUCAUUGACUAUCCUUGAAGAUGGAAACGGACUUUUUGGAACCCAUGUCACUCUGAAAGAUGUGAAUGAUGCUAUACGAGAACAAAUGGACACGGAUCUUGAACUGACACCAAAAAGCAAAAUGACUGUCAUAGGGGAUGGAAAUGGGUUUUCCUCUUGUGUCAUUCUCAUUAGCUGCAAAUGGAACAAACCUUCCGACACUCUCCCUCAUAAGAUUGUCCUCAAAGUUGUGUCAUUCUCACAUAUCAAAGCGUUAAUUAGUAAAGCAGAGAAGGAAGGAAUAUUCAAAAAAUCAGAAAAUGAGAAGAAAGACAUGAAUGCUAAUUUUGAGAUUUCUAUUCAAAGGAUUCACAACCAAGAAGUGGAUUUUUAUAAUGUUUUGAAAAAAGGAGAACCGGAGAACCUUUUGAUACUGAAGGUCUAUUUUACCAGCAAAUUCGAUGAGAACAAUAAGACCAAAGGAUUCAUUGGGAUGGAAUAUAUUGAAGGUUCGGAAACUCGGCAUUCAUAUGAAAACUGUACUGUGAAAGAAAUCCAACCCGUUCUAAAAGCGAUAGCACAUAUUCAAGCUUUAACAGUUUCCACACCAGAAGAAGAAAUCGAAAAAACUUUCAAUGAUAGCUCCUAUACGGAGUCAAUGAAGUCAAUGAUGGAAGGUGACAGAAUGACUGGAAUUUUUAUGCACACGAAAAACCAGAACCCGGAAAGAUUCGGAGAGUUGGUCGCCAGCGUUGAAAGGUUGGCACCAGGAAUACUAGAUUUUGAGAAGGCAUGCAAUCUCAACAAAUAUAUUGGUAUUAACAAAAACGUUUUUGUUCAUGGUGACCUUUGGUCUGCUAAUAUACUGUUCGCCCCGGGAAAGGAUGCAUCAAUGUAUGUCAGCAAAGUUUUAGACUAUCAGCUGGCACAUAUGGGAAAUCCGGCUGAAGAUUUGGUGCGUUUCUUGUGCUCAACAUUAUCUGGAUCAGAGCGUCGACAGAACUGGGAGCGACUUUUAGAGGAUUUUUAUGCAUAUUUCUUGGAGGCAAUGCAAACGAGAGAAAUUCCAUACACACUGGAACAGUUGAAACUGUCGUAUCGUUCUUAUUUUCCGAUGGGCGGAUUGGCUCUUCUACCUUUAUUGGGUCCUGCUGUAGACGUCAAAAUAAAAUCGAUGAGUGAGCAAACGGCUGAAAAGUACCAGAAAGUUUUGGCCGAAAAAAUUGAAUGCUUAUUGGAGGAUGUGGAAAAGUUCUACUUGGAGACUAUUUGA